AAGCACCAAUAUAGCAAAAACUCACUGAAAAAUGGCCUACUCUAAGACCUUCCUCCUCCUCGGCCUCCUCCUCGCUCUUCUGUUCGUCUCCUCCCAUGUCUCGGCUCGCUUCCUCGAGGAAAAGAAAAGUGAUGUAGAGAGUGACGGUCAUGGACACCAUGACCACGGACACCACGACCACGGUCACCAUGGCCAUGACGCUAAUGUUGAUGGCUUGGAUGGUCACCAUGGACACCACGGCGGAGGACAUGGUGGACACCAUGGCCAUGACGCUGAUGUUGAUGACUUAGACGGACACCAUGGCCACCACGACCAUCACGACCACCACGACCACCACGACCAUCAUGACCAUCACGACCACCACGACCACCACGGACACCACGGUCACGACCAUGAUGCAAAAACCGAAGACGUUAAGAAUUAGAGGUCUAAAGUCAGCUCCAUAUUAUUGUAAGAUGAAAUAAAAGUAUGUUUUAUGUGUGUGUGUUUAAAUUUAAAUAAAAGCAAAUGGAUGCUGUUUGAAA